AUGUUAGAUGAUGGAUUUAGAUACAGACUUCCUGAUAAUAGAAGCAUUGUUCUUGAAGCCGUUCGUCAGGAAGACGGUAAUUAUGACGUUUAUCUCGAUAAUCGCGACGGGGUCAAGGUUGGAUAUUGUGAACCUAAAGAGUACCAAACCAUUGACCCGUGGAUGUACUACAUUGCUGCGUGCCAUGUGUCGGAGUACCAGUUGAAGCUCGCUGGAAUCACGCCGUGUGACUCUUAUUGUUUCAAUUACUGGGGGUUAUCGUACGUCGAGCAACACAAAAUCUACUCGGCGUUCACAUCAACGGCCACGGAUGGAUUUUGA